CGCUGUGUGCUGUGUCCAGCAGAAUCCGGACAGCUGAUCUGAGAGCGGCGCUGAUUUACAGCGAGUUUCGCCCCAAAAACGCGUUAAGUAUCAGUAUUAUCGGCUUUUCAGGAUCUUCCGGAUCUUCAGUGCGGAUUUAAGCGUUUAUUUCUGUAAUCAGAGAUGAGAUAAUGCAGCGCGCGGACUGUACUGCAGCAGAAGCGCUGAUUUACACGAUAUUGACAUGAAGAAGGACAUAGAGGUGUUAAUAGCAGAGGAACGAGCAGAGAUCAUCUGUAAAUAUGAUAAGGGCAGAGAGGAAGGUGUUGAGAUUGACCCGUGGGAGGAUGCAGAGUACAGCGUUUACAGAUCAACCGAUCGCUUCGGCUUCCUGCAUGAGGAGGAGCUUCCCGCACCAACAACACUUGAAGAAAAGCUGAAGCAGCAGGAGAUCGAGCGCGUGCAGAAAUGGCUGAAGAUGCUGCAGAAAUGGGAGAAGUACAAGAACAGCGACCGGAUGAUGAAGAGAGUCUAUAAGGGGAUUCCGCUGAUGCUGAGAGGACAGGCGUGGAGUCUCCUGCUGGACGUGGAGAGAGUGAAGAAGGAGAAUGAAGGGAAAUAUGAGAAAAUGAAAGAGCAAGCGAGGAUCUACUCUACAGAAAUUAAACAGAUUGAUCUGGAUGUGAACAGAACCUUCCGGAACCACAUCAUGUUCAGAGAUCGAUACGGAGUGAAGCAGCAGUCUCUGUUUCAUGUGCUCUCGGCUUAUUCAGUCUACAACACGGAGGUGAGUUAUUGCCAGGGAAUGAGUCAGAUAGCUGCCAUUCUGCUGAUGUAUCUGAACGAGGAAGAUGCAUUCUGGGCCUUGUCGCAGCUGCUGACCAAUCAGAAACACGCCAUGCACGGAUUCUUCAUCCCUGGAUUUCCUAAACUGCAGCGUUUUCAGAAUCACCACGAUCAGAUCCUCUCCAAACUCCUGCCCAAACUGAAGAAACAUCUGGAUAAAGAGCAGAUGUUCACUGGGAUUUACAGCACUAAAUGGUUCCUGCAGUGUUUUAUAGACCGGACGCCGUUCACCCUGACCUUACGCCUGUGGGACGUCUUCAUCCUGGAGGGAGAGAAGAUCCUCACGGCCAUGUCCUUCACCAUCCUCAGACUCCACAAGAAGCGCUUGUUGAAGAUGUCUCUGGAGGAUCUGAGGGAGUUCCUGCAGGAGAAAAUCUCUGAAUCCCUCGACUUUACCGACGACGUCGUCAUCGAGCAGCUCCAGGCCUCCAUGACUGAACUUCGCAAAAUGAAGCUGGACCUUCCCUCUCCAGCCAAGCCUGAUGAGCUUCCGCGGAAGCCCCUUGGUCUGGAGCUGCCGGUGGUUUUGACUCCGGUUCGACCCUCCAAAUUCAGCCAAGCUGAAGAUACUCCGGAUAAGAGCCAGCUGGCCAAGAGACCCCCAGCCUCGCUCCAUAUCCAGCUGGACCAGGAGUCCAUCCUCCCCGAUCAGAGCUCUCCAGACGACAAGCAGCCGUAUCAGGACCGCGGGAACCUGUCGUCCUUCCCCUCUCCGGACCCGGUUCUCGUCCAUAACCAGAUCUUGUUCCCUCCUGAAGACGGAGGGGAGCAGCCACCACCGUAUGAACCACCCAGAAAUGGAGUUACACAUGAGAGGAACUCGCCCGGACCUGAGGAACCUUCUUUAGAUGAUUCCAAGCCUUUAGCUGCAUCUCAGGACGUUUUCUACGACGCUUUGCAGUCUGCAGAUUCUUCCUGGGCGAGUCCUGGAAAAGUCUCGCAUUCGCUAUUCGUCGCAUCGGUGUCUCGCCAGCCCUCAAACCUCUCCCAAUACGAAAACCUGCCGAAAACAGACCGCGAGGACAGAGAGAGACAGUCUGCAAUAUUGACCCAAAACUCUUCGUCUGAUUUUAACUAUUCGAUUUCCUCGUCUGCAGCAGGGCGACGGCUGCCCACCGUUCACUCAGACCCCCUGCUGGAGCGCCUACAUCACACCAACCUGCCCAAAUCUGAGACCUUUUAAAGCAAAGUCAACAAAUUUUUAUUUAAAUAUCUCUCUUAAAAAGAGCGUUUUCACACCUGUAGUUGGUUUUUCUGAUCUGAAUCAGUUGCUAAGUUUGACUAAUUGGAGCGUUUUCCACUCGGUUUGGUUUGUUUUCACACAGGCACCUAAAACCUUAACGAACACCAAAAUGCGGCAAACCAGCAAACAAGCGAGCAUGUUGUCUUCACUGAUUGGCCAAGAAAGCUAUGGUACACAUCUUACACCUCGCCAACAUUGACUUUUUUAGAUACAUUUCUGGAGUUUUGCUUGUUUAUCUUGGUAACAGAAAACACAGGAGCUCCACUGACUGAAUACAACCUAGACAGACGCCAACAGUCAGACGUUCAUCGCUAUCUUGGCAGCACAAACCCAACUUUUACAUCAACAAUAAACAGAAUAGUAAAUAAAAUAACAUUGCUGUUCCCAUUAAUGAGCUCAGUUUCCUCUGCUGAGAAGAGUUUGUUGAACACGUCCAAGUAGCUGCACCGUUAAAAUAGCAAUCCACCAAAGUCAGAGCUCACCUGACUCUUUAAGGGAAUGAUGAGCAAGAGACAUAAACCUCUGAUUGGUUUAUUUCACGUUAAACACACCCAUGAUUAUUUAAGAGAAUUAGUACAUGACUUUUGCAUUUGCGUUUCGAACCACGCAAGGUGAACUUUCCCCGUCGUUACGACAGCAAAGACACACUGACAGGCUCUAAAUCAAGCUGCACGGUGCACGGGGUACGAUUAACAACUUGUCUAUAGCAACUGCUAUAGCGUGGAGCAGCAGCAGGAAUGAAUUCGUUUAUAGCUAAGGUAGUAAUUAUCUGGGCAAUAAAUCAGGUUAAACUGCACCUGAACAGCCGAUUAGCUUAAACGUGAGAACAAACCAAUAAUUUAUCCAAACCAACUAAUAAUGCUGGUGUGUAUUUUUACCUGUGGAAGCGGGAAUUUUGCUGGCUGGUCUGUGACAUUUUUUAAUGGAUGCCAAUUUCAAUAACAGAAGCAAAUACUGAGAAUUCCACAGAUUCAGUUUUUAGUAACUGUACCAUAAUAUAAUAAUAAUACUGUGCUUUUUAGAAACUCAUUCAUGGCAGUAAGGUACAUUUAGGGUGUUAUAAGGACGAAUUUUACUCUUAUUAAUUAUUUAUUUAAUAUUUUUCACUAAUUUUCCAAUAUUUCUUUUUAUUUCUUAGACUUUUUUUUUUUUUUUUUUUUGCAAAAAUAAUUGUGGAAUUCCCCUUAAAAAAACACAAACCUGAUUUCUGUACAUUCAAUAUGAUCCAGUUCGGUGCAUAAAAGGUAAUAAGUUGUUAUAUAAAGUUUGUAAUGCAGAAAUAAGGUGUCCAAUUAGAUUUAGUAGGAAUAAUAUUCAGCAUUUUUUGUAUUAAGUACAAAAAGUAUUAAGGAGAUGCAGUAUAUUGUAUUAUUGCAUUAUACAGUAUUUGUAUUUGACUUGAAUUAAAUACUGUACCUAUUAUUAUUAUUAUUAUUAUUAUUAUUAUUAAUAUAAGGGAGGAAUUAGCCUUUAUCCGUGGCUUUGUGCUGGAAAAGUGCUGGAAUAUAAUAAUAUAAUAAUUUUGCAGUUAAUGCAGCGUUUCUAACCCAAUCUUCUUUCUGUACAGAUGUGUGUUUGUACUUGUUUUUGCGCACGAACAUUUUGUAAAUGACGGUAACGGGCUUUUUAAAGUAUUAUCGUAUUUUAAUGCUUCUAGGCUUUUGUAUUUGUAGGCUUUUAGACAUUUUGUAUAGUAGAAAUUAUAUUUAUACAGAUUGUAUGUUUGUUUUUUUAUGUUAAGCUUUGCUUUAAACUGCAGGUUUGUGUAUAUUCUGUAAUUUUCUGUACAUUUGGUCAUUAUUAUCCGAGACCACAGGCUUGUGUUGAUCUGAACUGGAUUCAGAAGGGAGGGUUUAACCAGUUUCUGCAGUUUCUGCAUGUUUUUGCAGUUACAGUCAGCUGUUAUGUAAUGUGGUUGGAAAAUAAUUAUUAGAGCCACAUUUCUGGGUAAACAGCACAACCUGGUGGACAUGUAGAGCUCUGCAGUCUUUACUUAGGGAACGCGUUAUCAUCACUGACCCCAUUUACACCCGAUCACUUCAUCUAUCGUCAAUUAGUGCGUUUCUGGGUAAAGCUAAGCCACAAACCAAUUCACAAGAUGGUCUGAGACAAACUUACACCCGAUACAAAUCUUACCACUAAAACCACUUCACAAAAUUGUCCGAGACGCAUUUAAAACAGAUACAAAUCCGACCACAAAUCCAAACCAUUUUACAAGAUAGUCUGAGACAGACAUUUAAAAUAAAUGCAAAUCUCUUUACAAAUUUAAGCCACUUUACGAGAUGGUCUGAGAUACACUUUAAAAACAGAUACAGAUAGAAUCACAAAUCCAAAACACUUCAGGAAGUGGUCUGAGACGCACAUUUAAAACAGAUACAAAUAGCAGACUAUUACUCAAAUCUCUUUAAAAGAUGGUCUGAGACACAUUUAAUACAAAUACAAAUCUGAUCAUAAAUCAAAACCAUUUACAAAGUGGUCUGAGACACAUUUGAACCAGACAGAAAUUCAAUCAUUCAUUUAAAACAGAUACAAAUCCAAGCCACUUCACAUGAUGGUCUGAGAUGGACUUAAACAGAUGCAAAUCUCUUAAUCUUCUAAUAUGACAGUUUUUCGGUACAUUUUGUCCAAUGUUUAGAUGACUGAACCAAUAGAAAUAGUUCAAAUUUACUAGGAUUACAUUUUUUUCCAUUGGUAUGGAAUGGCAAUAAAAGUUAAAAUGCAUUUUCCUUCUAUUCUAAAACUGAUUAAAAUAAAAAAGAGAACAGAUUUACUACGGGCUCAGAUUACACCUGUUGGGAUAAUUCAGAUAGUUCAGGGUGUAAAUGUGUUAAUUUACAGUAAAAUCUUAUCAGUAUUAGAAUCCAGAUUCUCAGAAUCACAUGAAGUGAUCAGGUGUAAACAGGGUCUUUAGUUUAGACUAAUUUUAGACUUCUGUUCUUCUUCAGGGUCUCUGUUUUUCUUUUGUUUUAUAUUAAUUGUAUGUUUCUGUACAUUCCUUUAUAAGGAGUUUUGAGAUCUCCAACCAAAAUGCUUUGGUUUUAUUUUCUCUGUAUAUUGUAAAGAAACUGGGCUUCAUGGAUAUGUUGAACUUUUGAUUGGCAGAAAUAGACAUUUUCUAACCUUAA